AUGCUCGUCGGCCUUAUUGCAAUAAAUAACCCGGGCUAUCAGCCUGAACGGUGGCAUGGCACUCUGCUGAUUAUUGCGAUAGCCCUCAUGGCCAUAAUCUUCAAUACCUUCUUUGCGCAGAAGCUGCCUUUCAUCGAGGGGGUCAUCCUCCUCGUCCAUGUGUUCGGAUUCUUCGCGGUCCUGAUCCCUCUCUGGGUCCUGGCUCCCUUGAAUUCAGCUGAGGAAGUCUUCCUGAAUGUGGUCGAUAGGGGGGGAUGGGGAAACAAUGGCCUCGCCUGUCUUGUCGGAUUAGGAGCUCCCAUAUAUGCUCUUAUUGGUAUUGAACAUAUUCCCUUGAACUGGCAUGCAAAUCACUAA